ACAGACACCCUCCCCUGCCGUCCCGCUCCGGACUCCGACUCCGGCUCCGGUUGCAGUUUGCAGCCGCCGCGGCCGCCGCCGCCGCCGCCCCACCGAUUCGCUGGCUGCUCAGGUGGCUGUCGCUUGGAUGUCCUGAUCCAGGGGCCCCCGGGCCAGACUCGGCUGCACUCCCGUCGCCCUCCGCUGGAAUCAUGAGGGCGAUUGGGACUCUGCAGGUGCUGGGCUUCCUUCUCAGCCUGGCCCGGGGCUCCGAGAUGGGCAACUCUCAGGCAGUGUGUCCUGGGACUCUGAACGGGCUGAGUGUGACUGGUGAUGCGGAGAAUCAGUACCAGACCCUGUACAAGCUGUAUGAGAGGUGCGAGGUGGUGAUGGGCAACCUUGAGAUUGUGCUCACGGGACACAACGCCGACCUUUCCUUCCUGCAGUGGAUCCGAGAAGUGACAGGCUAUGUCCUCGUGGCCAUGAAUGAGUUCUCCACACUGCCCUUGCCCAACCUCCGAGUGGUACGGGGAACGCAGGUCUACGAUGGGAAGUUUGCCAUCUUCGUCAUGUUGAAUUAUAACACCAACUCCAGCCACGCUCUGCGCCAGCUCCGCUUUACUCAGCUAACUGAGAUUCUGUCAGGGGGUGUUUACAUUGAGAAGAACGACAGACUUUGCCAUAUGGACACAAUUGACUGGAAGGACAUCGUGAGGGUUCAAGGGGCUGACAUUGUGGUGAAGAACAACGGUAGAAACUGUCCACCCUGUCAUGAAGUCUGCAAAGGGCGGUGCUGGGGGCCUGGACCUGAAGACUGCCAGAUAUUGACCAAGACCAUCUGUGCCCCUCAGUGUAACGGCCAUUGCUUUGGGCCCAACCCCAACCAGUGCUGCCAUGAUGAGUGUGCAGGGGGCUGCUCUGGACCCCAGGACACAGACUGCUUUGCCUGCCGACACUUCAAUGACAGUGGAGCUUGUGUGCCCCGGUGUCCGCAGCCUCUUGUGUACAACAAGCUAACGUUCCAGCUGGAACCCAACCCCCACACCAAGUACCAGUACGGAGGGGUCUGCGUUGCCAGCUGUCCCCAUAACUUUGUGGUGGAUCAGACAUCUUGUGUCAGGGCUUGCCCUCCUGACAAGAUGGAAGUAGAUAAAAAUGGACUCAAGAUUUGUGAGCCUUGCGGAGGGUUGUGCCCUAAAGCCUGUGAGGGGACAGGCUCCGGAAGCCGCUUCCAGACUGUGGACUCCAGCAACAUUGAUGGGUUUGUGAACUGCACCAAGAUCCUGGGCAACCUGGACUUCCUUAUCACUGGCCUCAACGGAGACCCCUGGCACAAGAUCCCUGCACUGGACCCAGAGAAGCUCAAUGUUUUCAGCACAGUACGGGAGAUCACAGGGUACCUAAACAUCCAGUCCUGGCCUCCUCAUAUGCACAACUUCAGUGUUUUUUCCAACCUGACGACCAUCGGGGGCAGAAGCCUCUACAACCGGGGCUUCUCCUUGUUGAUCAUGAAGAACUUGAAUGUCACAUCCCUGGGCCUCCGGUCCCUGAAGGAAAUCAGUGCGGGGCGUGUCUACAUAAGUGCCAAUCAGCAGCUCUGCUACCAUCACUCUCUGAACUGGACGAGACUGCUCCGGGGGCCUCCGGACGACAGGCUGGAUAUCAAGUACAACCGGCCUCGAAGAGACUGUGUGGCAGAGGGUAAAGUGUGUGAUCCACUGUGCUCCUCUGGGGGAUGCUGGGGCCCAGGCCCUGGUCAGUGCUUGUCUUGUCGAAAUUACAGCCGAGAAGGGGUCUGUGUGACUCACUGCAACUUUCUGAAGGGGGAACCUCGUGAGUUCUCUUACGGUGGUGAAUGUUUCUCCUGCCACCCGGAGUGCCUACCCAUGGAGGGCGCCAGCACAUGCGAUGGCCCGGGCUCUGACGCUUGUGCUCAAUGUGCCCAUUUUCGAGACGGGCCCCACUGUGUGAACAGCUGCCCCCAUGGAAUCCUAGGUGCCAAGGGUCCAAUCUACAAGUACCCAGACGCUCAGAAUGAAUGUCGGCCCUGCCAUGAGAACUGCACCCAGGGGUGUAAGGGACCAGAACUGCAGGACUGUUUAGGCCAAACAGAGGUAUUAAUGAGCAAAACCCAUCUGGCAAUGGCCGGGAUGGUCGGACUGCCUGUGGCUCUCCUGAUCCUGGGAGGCUCCUUUCUCUACUGGCGUGGACGCAGGAUUCAGAAUAAAAGGGCUAUGAGGCGCUACUUGGAACGGGGAGAGAGCAUCGAGCCUCUGGACCCCAGCGAGAAAGCAAACAAAGUCUUGGCCAGAAUCUUCAAAGAGACAGAGCUGAGGAGGCUUAAAGUGUUGGGCUCUGGUGUCUUUGGAACUGUGCACAAGGGGGUUUGGAUCCCUGAAGGUGAAUCUAUCAAGAUUCCAGUCUGCAUUAAAGUCAUCGAGGACAAGAGUGGGCGCCAAAGUUUUCAGUCUGUGACCGAUCAUAUGCUGGCCAUUGGUAGCCUAGACCAUGCCCACAUUGUACGGCUCCUGGGACUAUGCCCAGGAUCAUCUCUGCAGCUUGUCACCCAAUACUUGCCUCUGGGCUCCCUCCUUGAUUAUGUGAGACAGCACCGUGGAGCGCUGGGGCCACAGCUGCUGCUCAACUGGGGGGUACAAAUUGCCAAGGGUAUGUAUUACCUGGAGGAACAUAGUAUGGUGCACAGGGACCUCGCUCUCCGGAAUGUGCUGCUCAAGUCACCGAGUCAGGUCCAGGUGGCAGAUUUUGGUGUGGCUGACCUGUUGCCCCCGGAAGACAAGCAGUUACUAUACAGUGAGGCCAAGACUCCAAUUAAGUGGAUGGCCCUUGAGUGUAUCCACUUUGGGAAAUACACACACCAGAGUGAUGUCUGGAGUUACGGUGUUACAGUGUGGGAGUUGAUGACUUUCGGGGCAGAGCCCUAUGCAGGCCUGAGACUGGCUGAAAUACCAGACCUGCUAGAGAAGGGAGAGCGGUUGGCACAGCCCCAGAUCUGCACCAUUGACGUCUACAUGGUCAUGGUCAAGUGUUGGAUGAUUGAUGAGAAUAUUCGCCCAACCUUUAAAGAACUAGCCAAUGAAUUCACCAGGAUGGCCCGCGACCCACCACGAUAUCUGGUCAUAAAGAGAGAGAGCGGGCCUGGAAUACCUCCUGGGGCAGAGCCCCCUGCUCUGACCAACAAAGAGCUGGAGGAAGUAGAGCUGGAGCCUGAACUGGACCUGGACCUAGACCUGGAGGCAGAGGAGGACAGCCUGGCGACCACACUGGGUUCCGCCCUCAGCUUACCUGUGGGAACGCUUCCCCGGUCACGUGGGGGCCAGAGUCUUUUAAGUCCCUCAUCUGGAUACAUGCCCAUGAACCAGAGUAAUCUCGGGGAGGCUUGUCUGGAUACUGCAGUUUUGGGGGGCAGUGAACAGUGCCCCCGUCCCAUCUCUCUGCACCCAAUUCCACGGGGACGUCUGGCAUCAGAGUCCUCCGAGGGCCAUGUGACUGGCUCUGAGGCCGAACUCCAAGAAAAAGUAUCGGUGUGCAGAAGCCGGAGCCGAAGCCGCAGCCCUCGGCCACGUGGAGACAGUGCCUACCAUUCACAGCGACACAGCCUGCUCACCCCGGUCACCCCGCUGUCCCCACCAGGGCUAGAGGAAGAGGAUGUCAAUGGAUAUGUCAUGCCAGAUACACACCUCAAAGGUACAUCCUCCUCCCGGGAAGGUACCCUUUCUUCAGUAGGUCUCAGUUCUGUGCUGGGUACUGAAGAAGAAGAAGAAGAUGAGGAGUAUGAAUACAUGAACCGGAAGAGAAGGAGCAACCCACCUCGGCCUCCUAGGCCUGGUUCCCUUGAGGAGCUGGGUUAUGAGUACAUGGAUGUGGGUUCAGACCUCAGUGCCUCUCUGGGCAGUACGCAGAGUUGCCCACUUCAUCCUAUGGCCAUCAUGCCCUCUGCUGGUACAACUCCAGAUGAGGACUAUGAAUAUAUGAACCGUAGGCGGGGUGUAGGUGGUGCCGGGGGCGAUUAUGCAGCCAUGGGGGCCUGCCCAGCAGCUGAACAAGGGUAUGAAGAAAUGCGAGCUUUCCAGGGGCCUGGCCAUCAUGCCCCCCAUGUUCGCUAUGCCCGCCUCAAAACUCUGCGUAGUUUAGAAGCCACUGACUCUGCCUUCGACAACCCUGAUUACUGGCAUAGCAGACUUUUCCCCAAAGCUAAUGCCCAGAGAACUUAACCUCUGCUCCUUGAGACUCUGGGAGCAUCUGAUGGCAGCUGGUGCCUCUUGAGGGUACCCCCUUCCUCACCCCCUCCUCCCUCAGGUCCCACUCCCAUUUCUCCAGUGCUGGACAACGCCAUCUUGUCUUUGGAGACCUGUAAACACAUCCUUAUACGAUUCUGUGCUAUAUAGUCAGCUGUGCACUUUCUUCUCAUCCCCAGCCCCAGGGAAGAGAAGGUUUUCCUAUUUGUCUACUUUCCCAAUCCCAUUCCUCAGCUUCCUCAGGGAGACUCCCUGGAGAUAUGAAGGAUCACUCUCUAAGCCCCUUCCUCUCAGGCUCUUACUUGUUAGAGUUACACUUUGCUUUUGUUUCUCAUCAGACUCUCCUAAGGAAGAGAUGAAAUAGAGCUGGAAGAGGAAAGUACAAUUUUGGCUUAUGAUACUCUUAAUCCUAUGCCAAGAUUGAGAAGCUAAAGAAAGGCAGGAGUAGAUACCAACAACUAUGAACGUUUACGAUGAGCUAGGCAUUGUCCAGCUGAACUCUGCCUACAUUAUCUCAAUUACAGUCUCUACAAUUUUGUGAGGUAGAGCUGAUCCCAUUUUACCAAUACAGGAGUCCUCUUGAGAGUUCCAAGGUAACCAAUAGGUCCCUGAGUCUGUGCAUAGUACUGAAUCCUGUAGUUUUUGUUGUUUGGUUUUGGUUUUAUGAGACAGGGUUUGUCUGUGU